AUGCCGCGGCCGGGCCCCUCCGCGGGCGCCCCCUGCCGGCCGGGCUCCGCCCCGUCCCCCCGGCGGAGGGCCCGCCCGUUCCGGCUCUCGCCCCUCCCCGCCCCGCCUCGGUCCGGCCCAGCCCCGCGCGGUAAGAUGGCGGCGGCGGCGGCGGCCGAGGCCGAGUGCGAUGUGGUCAUGGCGGCGCCUGACGGACCCGGCGAAACCGACAGCGACGAUGAGGCGCGCAGAGAAGCUGAAGCAUUCAAGGAGCAGGGAAACGCAUACUAUGCCAAGAAAGAUUACAACGAAGCAUUCAACUACUACACAAAAGCCAUAGAUACCUGUCCCAAUAAUGCCAGUUAUUAUGGGAACAGAGCUGCCACACUCAUGAUGUUGGGGAAGUUCCGAGAAGCGCUGGAGGAUGCUCAGCAGUCAGUCAGGUUGGACGACAGCUUUGUACGGGGCCAUCUCCGGGAAGGGAAGUGCCACCUUUCCCUAGGGAAUGCCAUGGCUGCCAGCCGCUGCUUUCAACGAGUUUUAGAACUGGAUCAUAAGAAUACCCAGGCACAGCAGGAGCUGAAGAAUGCUGCGACUGUACUUGAGUAUGAAAAAAUAGCUGAAGUGGAUUUUGAGAAACGGGAUUUCAGGAAGGUUGUGUUUUGCAUGGAUCGUGCUUUGGAGUUUGCUCCUGCGUGUCACCGGUUCAAAAUCCUCAAGGCUGAGUGUUUGGCGCUGCUGGGCCGGUACCCCGAGGCACAGUCUGUGGCCAGUGAUAUCCUGCGGAUGGACUCGACCAACGCCGACGCUCUGUACGUGCGUGGGCUGUGCCUGUACUACGAGGACUGCAUUGAGAAGGCUGUGCAGUUCUUUGUGCAGGCCCUCAGGAUGGCCCCUGACCAUGAGAAGGCCUGUCUUGCCUGCCGGAAUGCCAAAGCACUUAAAGCAAAGAAGGAAGACGGGAAUAAAGCAUUCAAGAAAGGCAACUACAAACUAGCAUAUGAACUGUACACAGAGGCACUAGCAAUAGACCCAAAUAAUAUCAAAACAAAUGCCAAACUCUACUGCAACAGGGGGACGGUUAAUUCAAAGCUUAGGAAACUUGACGAAGCAAUCGAGGACUGCACGAAGGCAGUGCAGCUGGAUGACACAUACAUCAAAGCCUACCUGAGGAGGGCACAGUGUUACAUGGACACAGAACAGUAUGAAGAUGCUGUAAGAGACUAUGAGAAGGUUUAUCAGACAGAGAAAACAAAAGAACACAAGCAGCUCCUAAAGAAUGCACAGGUAGAACUGAAAAAGAGCAAACGGAAAGACUACUACAAAAUCCUGGGGGUGAACAAAAACGCCUCUGAAGAUGAGAUCAAGAAAGCUUACAGGAAACGAGCACUAAUGCACCAUCCAGACCGACACAGUGGAGCAAGUGCAGAAGUACAGAAGGAGGAAGAGAAGAAAUUUAAGGAGGUUGGUGAAGCCUUUACCAUCCUGUCAGAUCCCAAGAAGAAGGCUCGCUAUGACAGUGGGCAGGAUUUGGAAGAGGAUGGAUUAAACAUGGGAGAAUUUGAUCCAAAUAACAUCUUCAAGGCCUUCUUCAGCGGGCCAGGGGGCUUCAGCUUCGAAGCUUCUGGGCCUGGAAAUUUCUUUUUCCAGUUUGGCUAAGAAGCAAACAAACACAAAUCAAACCACACAUACCUGAUCUGCUUCUUUUAACCUCGAAUAUGGACAGCCCCAGACUCCUCCUCCAUCACGUCUCGUUGUCCUUAGAGCAGUUUCAUUUCUGGGUUGGAGCCUCUGUUUGUGUGUUGUGUGUGUGAAGAGGAAACCAGCUCGGGAGGGGAAACCUUGUGAAUUUUGUUUUACUGUUAACUUUAUUAAAAAAAAAAAAAAAAAAAAAUAAAGCUUUGAAUCUCUUGGUCCCUCCAUGCUGGCCCGUGCUUUCAGCUGCUUCUGCCCCUCAGCACAGAGGAUUUCCUGGAGUCUUCCCAGAAUCUCCACGUGUGAGAGGGAGAAGGAAUUCCUGGUUUGUUCUGGUUGCUUCCAAAGCAGCAUGUCCAGGGUUUGGAGUAACUUGUAGGUUAUCUUAAUCUUUUGGAAAUACUGCCAAGGCUCAAUCCAGUUUUGUACAAUCCAUCUCACCUGCAAGCCUGGCUUCUUGGCUCUUUUUAUUUCCUUUUUUUUUCCAUGAUUCUCCCAGCAAGGCCCACUUGGGCAUUAAACUUCUGUGAUAAUGUGUGAGCUUACAAUUCUGUAACAGAAAUGCUGCUUUAAAGAGCAGCUUAUGUGAGAAUUCCCUGUGAUGCAGCUGGAAUUAAGGGCUUUGUGUUCCCAAGAUUGUCCUGUUUAAGGGAAUAUUGAAUUUGCUCUGGGCUGAAUUCCUUCACUGUACUUUUUUAAAUUAAUCCACUUGAAUAUUUUAUAUUUGUGCUAAACUUGAUUUUGUUGAGCUUGAUGUGUGAUUUCCUGUUACUGAUCCAUGACAGGGGUGAGUCUUUCAAGGCCAGGUGGAUUCCAGGCAGGGAUCAUGGGUGGUUUGGGAUGUGCAGCAGCUGUGUGUUUAGUUAACCUGGUUGAGUGGUUUUCCCCUGGCAGUGAUUUACUCCUCCAAAGCAGCAAGAAAAUGCAAAGUCCAGCUCUGAACUGACAGUCUGUACUUUCUCUUGCACAGUGUCAGGACAGGAGCUGGAGGGAUGGAUGAGCUUCCAGCCUGGAGCCGUGUCCUGAUGGGUUUGGUGUGGGGCAUUGCCUGUUAGCAGUUUGAUUUUCACCUCAAAUGUGGUGUUACAGCAGGGUCUCAGCUGGGAGAGGGCUCUGCUUCUGGAAUUCCCCCUUUUCUCUACAGCAUGGACAGCACCUUUCUGUCCAGGUGCCAUGUGAGCUCCUGUCUGUGGCAGGUUCUGGAGCUGGUUGUGCUCAGCCUGGGGUGUGAGGGGAGCAAGAGGCAGUGGGGCUGUGGCUGGGGGUCCUGGGCCGGUGCUCAGUGAGGGGCAGAGGGGCUGUGCUGGGCUCCUGGGCUGUCCCUGCCAGUGUGGGGCUGUUGGAAGCUGCAGUUAGCUCACAGAAUGGGUGUUUGUGCUGAGAGAUCCUCCCAGUGACUCUGUAACACCUGGUUUGCCUUCCCAGAGCAGAGCAAACACUGCAGGGAGCUCAUUGCAGAGGUGAUCACUCGUCUUUGUCUUCCUCCCUCCCGAGGGCAUGGGUGCCCUUCAGCAGGACAGGGGCUGGAGCAGGGCUGGUGCUGUCCUGGUCCUGCUGUGGUGUUUGGUCAGGAUUCUUGACAAUCUGCUUUUGUAGAGGGAAAAUUUAAGGGCUUCAAUUUUAGCACUGCAGAAUAGAGUAUUUUACAGCUUGUUUGAAACUCAGCUUCCUAAGUGAACCAGUGCUGAGUAAUACUUUCAAAACCCAACUGUCCCACGUUUAUUCCGCCAUCCUUCACACAGGUGUGAGGGAUGGACCCAGCCAGGUGCACAGAGAGCAGCUGGGUCCUGGCACUUUUCAGGCUCUGAAAUGGUGAACACGUGGGAACUGAAAUACUGGUCUAUGCACACUGAUGCUUCCCCAGCUUUCCUGGCACUGUAAAUCAGAGUUUACAAGGCCUGUUUAGUGGCAAUUUUGGUUCCAUGACAUCUCGUCCUGUGUGUGUGUGUUGAUGUCACUGUACAGUCUGGGCUGUUCUCAGUCUCCCAUUGCUGAGCAGAGCCAUGUUCUGUGUCUGUCAGUGGGUUUAUUCUCAUUUUCCCCUGCCCUAGGAAAGUGUGACCAGCUUCCUUCCUCCCUUCCUUCUCUCCAAGCUGAGUGAGCCCAUUCCUUGGAGCACAGGAGUGGAAUAGCUCUGUUUCUGGGAGAGAAAAUGUAUACAGCAGCUAUUUAUAACCUGUACAUGAAUGCAUGAUUUAAUGUAGUUAAAUAUUCAUAUGGUGAGUGCCAAGACUUUCUACAGAGCGUUGUUACGUGAAUCAAGGUGAAGGGAAAUGAUAGAACCAUGGAAUGGAUUGGGCUGGAAGCCUUAAAAGGCUGUCAAGUCCAACCCCCUGCCAUGGGCAGGGACACCUUCCACUAGCCCAGAGUGCCCCAGGCCCUGGUCAGUCCCUGAUCCCCCCUGCACAGAGCAGGGCUCGGUGGCACCUCAGGGCAGCAGCAGUGUCCAAUGGCACUGUGACCUCCACUCCUCCAUGUCCCAGCAUGGCUUGGGGAGACAAAACUCUGCUUCUUUCCAAAAAAAAAAGACUCAGCUGUGCAUUGCUUGGUCCGUUGCCUCCACACAUGGUGGUUCCAGGACAUUAUCCAUGGAUUGUGAUUGGGUGUAGCUGCAGGGAAACUGAGUGCCAGUGCUCCAGGUGCUUGCAGCCUUCCUGCAUGUCCUGCAGCUCCAGGGGGCCACCAGCCCCAGGGAGCCACUGCCUGCAGGGAUUUGCUGCAGAAACCACAGUUGAGCAUCUUCAAGUGAUGCUGUGCCUGUGCUGUUUCUGGAAGGACAAAGAGCCCACGGAGCUGCAGGAGGAGGUGGUGUGGGGGCUGCCCAAGGCACGGUGGGAUGGACACAGCUUUGGUGUCACUCUUAGCCUGGUAACUCCUGCCCAGGGCUGAUGCUGUGAGAGCUGCUGCUACCAAGGACCUGGAAGGAGCAGAGCUGCCAUGGCUGAGAGUCAGGCUGGUGUGUCAGGGUGUCUUCCACCAGCCAAGUUGGGAGUAGAUGCUCUGAACAGCUUGAGAACUGGUGAGUGGCUGUCAGCCUCUCUGGGAAAGUUGUGAAGGGAAGUGUGGGAGGAGUGUGGCUGUGGGCAGAGCUGGCAUGGGAGGGCUCUGCUGUAGGACUGCAGUUUUGGCAGGGAGGUCAGGACCUGUGUGGCUGUUAGGCUUUGCCUUGGAUGUGGUUUUGUCUGGCCAUGCUCAUAGAAUCAUGGAAUAGUUUGGGUUGGAAAGCUGAGAUGUCUGUUCAGGAGGUUCUGGCCACCCUCUUACGGCUCCUCAUUGCUUUGGCUGCACAGAAACGUACCUGGUUUGUUUUUGAUCCUGGGAGUGUUCAGUGAGCAGGAUCACCAGUGCUGCUAGCUGUUGUAAAUGCAGAAAUGCAAGUUGGAAAAUGGGGGAGAGACAAAUUGUUCAGGUACAAGAGUGUUAUCUGUGGAACAGUGGGCCCCUCCACUGUCUGUGUCUGCUGAGAUACAGGCUGGAUGCUGCUGUGCUGCCGUGGUGUGUCUGACAUGGGGGCUGCUGCCAGUCCCUGUCCAGCCACACUGGCCCUGGAUCUGCAGCCAUCAAACAGCCACAGGGUUGGGCCAUGUGCUGCUUUGCCAUUUCCAAAUGACUUCCUCAGUUUCAGUAAUAACUCCAGAUAUUCUCUUAUUUCCAAUGGAUGGUUUUCAUCCUGUUUAAAUUUGUGCCUUGUCCUCUCCCCUCCUCUUCCCUAGGGAACAGGACAACUGUGCUGCACCCACCGUGUCCCUGGAGCAGUGCUAGUCCCUGGGUGGCUGUGGCAGGGUUGUGGCAGGAGUAGGUGGCAGUAGCUGGUGGCUGUCCCUGCCCUUGGCUCUGUGGGGCCACUCUGGGUCCCUGCAUGACUGAGGGAGCCAAUGUGAAAUGCCUUGGCCUUCCUGGCCAGGCCCAGCCCUCCCCAUUCCCACCAUCAUGGAUGGGGUUAUCCCUUCUUGGAGCAGUGCUGGGCAUUUUCCCUUACCCAGAUCCGAGCUUGGAGGAACAGCUCUGGUCUGUUGCUGGGUGCUGGGACACUGCACCUGAGCUGGAGCUCCAGGGGCCUCCAGCAGGACCAGCAGCCAUCCCAGCCCUGUCCCCUCUGUCCCCAGUGGCUCGUGUGAACAGCAUGUGGUGUGAGCCAGCAUCCGAGGGGCCGUGGGGGGAGCAGCCAGAGCCCCACAGUGCCCGUGUGUCAGAACAGUCAGGACAAACCCAGGCACCGAUGCGAAGCCACUGGGAGAGGAGCUUGUCCCUGCGCUGCCGUAUUUAUCUGAAUUGGAAUUCGGAAUGUUUACCUCAGUGUACAUAGCUCAACCUUUCCCUGGGAGGAAAGGGGAAUUGCAUGGAGCAAUCGCUGUCCCAUUGCUUUGCCAAACUCCUCAUCCUCUCCCAGCCGGGCUCCGCAUCGGUACCAACUGUCCCUCUUGGACCUUUCUAGGAUGUGAAUGGUAAAAAUGUGAAUAUUUGUUGUUUACUUCCUUAGCAGAACUCCUGAUGCUGUGUUUGUAUGGGAAAUCAGCCUGAGCAGACCCAUAUGCAAUCGGUUUUACUUUAUUAUAAACUGUAUAUGAUGUACAAACUAAUAAAAACUCAAACGAC